CUUCAGCUCAUUAGAGACGAAGUAUCUCCCAGGAAAUGGCUACAUUGAUGUAGAUUCCAGAAGAAUGUGUCGCAAUUCAACACGCUGUGAGGGCGUGGUGUUGACCGAGGAAGAAAAAUAACGAGCAAGAUCGACAGAUCCAACAAUGAACUCUGUGUUAUGGCUGCUGAUGGCAGCAUUUGUCUGUGGAAUAAAUGCUGCCCCAAGCUAUCCACCACUGCCAGUAAACCCUGGAGGCAUUGGGGGACUCUUCAGAGGUCCAAACCAAGAAACCAUCAUCAGAGGACCAGAUGGAAGCGAAAUUACAUCAGAACAAAUCGGCGGUGCUGUCCAAACCGAAGCUAGACUAGAGCCUAUUGUAGUGCCAGACCAGAUAGCGAUCUCAUCAGUCACAGUAUCGCCAUCAGAGACCAUCAGUGUCUCCAAUAACAUAGAAGUGGCAUCUGCAACACCCGUAGUAACUAUACCAGAGAACUCUGUACCUUCCUUGAACCUCUCACCUCCAGUUCCAAUUCAAACAAUACCAACUGACGUUUCUAUCCGGACAGAACAAUCAGCAGCACUUCCAACAUUUGUUGCGACAGCUGAAGAACCACACAUCAUCGAGACUGAACUGGUUGAUGCUCCUGAGGUUGAACCGAAUCAAAGUUCCGAUUUGGAGGGACCAUCUGGGUCUAUUUCUGUAAGGGGAUCUUCUUCUAUCGUUUCUGGUCCAGCUUCAACCACAAUUUCAGAGCCGGUGAGAAGAAUUCCAGUAGCGCCUAUACCAGUUGCAGCUCCUCCAGUUGCCGUACCAUCUUCUGUUCUGAUCCCUCCAUCUCCCACUGCAAUCGAUGGUUUUCAUCCGAAUGUUGCUCAACCUUAUAACACUAAUCUAGCCCUUCCAUCUAUACAAAACCAUAGAAUUCCUUUGACGUACAACGUACAGCAAUCUCCUCCACAUCUAUACACCGAAUUAAUACCUCCACCUCCACCAAAUGGAGAAGUUUCAAGAUUACAAACUGUUGAUGCACCAUUGGUUGAACCUCAAACUCAAACUGUUUCUUCAUCACCGAUUUCACCUCAGUCGUUACCUCCCAAUGCAAUAGAUUUGGGACAAACUGUAGUUACUACAACUCAAAGAUCAACUGUAGCUCCAUCGAAUGGCGAUAUUGAUGUUAGUAGAAUUAAUUUGGGUCAGACUGUCGCUCAACAAAACAUAGACAAUUCUCUAGUGAAUUCUAGAAUCCAGUCGUCAUCUACGAUAACGCCAUUGGGUGAACAAAGGAUCAUAUCAUCCACAUCGUCUCCAAUAUUAUCUUCCUCGGUCCAGACACCUCAAAUUACAGAGGAAAAUGGUGAUAUAACUCAAUUUAGCAGGCCUCUGUUUACGACAGCAUCUAAAAACACUUAUCUUAGAGCAGAUAUACCUUCAUCGUCUAGUUUGAGCAAUUCUAAUUCCAUAUUCACCCCAAAUGGCUUGACUGGGAGUAUACCCUUACAAGACCAAUCUAUUCUGGCCAAUCAAAUCGUUUCGAAUGCUCCAAAUGCUGCUGGCGGAUUGAUUGCAACUGGAGUACAAGAAGGAAACAACGUACCUUCAAGAUCUUGGGUGAAUAUUGAUGAUGGUCAUAUUCUACCAUCUACAGUAACACCACCACUAAAUGGUGGUCAGAUUUCUACCGUAUUAGAUACGGUUCUUGUACAACCUACGGAUCCAAGGAACAGGGAAGUGAUCGAAUUUGGUGGCAAGCAACUGGAGAAUGUUGGCAACAUCGUUCCUGUUAUCCAUCACCCUGUGUUAGUAGCGGGAGGUUUGACUCAACUCCAACAAAUUCCAACGGCUUCAAUAAGCCAGCUGACUUCGAGGAAUGAUUUGGAUACCAAUGAUUAUGGAAGGUAUGGAAGGCAGACAGAAUCGAAGAAUUAAAAUGGAGUGGAUAUGUUCUUAGAUUUUUAUAAUUUUUCUAGUCUUGUAGAUUUUAAUGUAUUGCUGAUUUCAAUAAAAAUAUUGAUUUAUACGA